GAGCAAAGUUACCUGCUCUUUAUGCUUUGCUCCCAAAUCAGACCCAAUGAAAGAAUGAGAGAAAAACAGAUAUGUAUAGGGACAAUGGCACGAUAAUUAAGAAGAGAAGUAACAGUACAGUGGACGUCUCUGGACUCGAGACAAUGGCUGUUGAUUUCAAUUUAAGCUUUCUGAAGGAGCUUGAGAGAGAGAAGGUACUGGAGGUCCUUUAUCGAGACCAGACACUCCAGAAGGCAGAAGAAGAAAGAAUAAGGAAGUUGAAAGCACAUUUACAGCAACUGAGAUGGAAAGGUGCAAAAAGUGCGAGCAAAGAAUACCAAACGAGAUCAUGUGCCCGCUGCCAGAAAUCGCUUGGUAGGGUGGUGGACAAAGGGGCGGUUUGCAUUGGCUGCAGUCACAGAGUUUGCCAUGAAUGUCAGGUUUACCGGUGUAGUCUUGUGUGGAAGUGUACAGUCUGCAGCUCGCAUGGGGAAGUCAAAAUAAAGACUGGAGAAUGGUUCUUUGAAGAAAGAGAAAAAAAGUUUCCAUCUGCAGGAAAGCAUGAAACUGCUGGGGCCAAGCUUUUGAAAUCCUACCAAAGAAUGAGUAAGAUCUCUGUUGUUCCUCCCACACCACCUCCUUUCUCUGAAGCAACCGAUGUAUAUACCUCCGGGGAGCUCAGCAAAUCAAAAGGCUUUAAUAAAUCGGUGGAAAAUCUCUUCCUGUCUCUCACAUCACAAAUGAAAAAAAUCUCCAAGUCACAGAACGAUAUGUUGACUGACAAAUUUUACCUAAGCACGGACUAUGGGCGACAUGCAGAGAGAAGGAAGGAAAGGAGGAGUCACUCAGACACUGCCAUCAAUAUAGCGAGUCAGCUAGAAAAGUCUAACAGCCUACACCACCUUAUUUACAAAGCCAGGGAAGAAGAACUGCUAGGAAUAAAAGAUACAGGCCAAGAGACAGAAGAAAUGACCGAGACGAGGAACAGAAUAUUCCUUGGGAGUAGGAAACAAGCUAGUAUGACCAGCAUCAACAGUGCUUGCACUGAUGUGGGCAGCAUGGACAAUGACAAUGUUACCGGAGAAAUUGAGUUUGCCAUUGCAUACAGCCUGAAGACCAGCACUCUGGAAAUCUCAAUCAGAGCAUGCAAAAACCUGGCCUAUGGGGAUGAGAAGAAGAAGAAAUGUAACCCAUAUGUGAAGACCUACUUGCUUCCUGAUAAAUCUUCCCUCCGGAAAAUGAAAACGAGUGUAAAAAAAAAUACAGUUGACCCAUUUUUCCAUGAAAGUUUAAAGUACACCCUAGAACGCUCCCAGCUGGAGACACGGACUCUUCAGGUAUCGGUGUGGCAUUCAGGGACACUAAAGAGAAAAGUUUUCCUAGGAGAAGUGAUUAUUCCACUGGAAUCUUGGGACUUUGAUGACAACUCUACUCAGUCAUUUAAUUGGUACCAACUAAAAGCUAAGUCAAAGAAAAAUGAGGAGGGCACAGUGCAGUACCAUGGAGAGCUGUGUGUGAGGAUGAGACUUGAAAUGCCCUCAGUCUCUAAUGCCCUCCAGCAUGGACGUCAUACAUCAGAUGGUGUGGCAGUAAAACAUUUGUCCAUAGUCCAGCUUCACCUUAUAGUAAAAAAUGCCAAGAAUCUGUCGCUGAGAUCAGAUGGAUUUCUAAGUCCUUUUGUUAAGAGUUGUCUUGUUCUGCCAAACAAGUGUGAAUUAAAGCAAAGGACUCCAGUGCUAAGAAGACAGCCCUGCCCAGAGUGGAACCACACGAUCAUUUAUACUAACGUAAAUCUAAGUGAUCUCAAGGCAUCUCGGCUGGAUCUUACUGUGUGGGACCAGGGCCUGACUGAGCGUUUUCUCUGCGGCACUAGCAUAAGCACAGGUGAGGAAGCCAGUGCCUAUGAUGGCCACCAACAAGUGCAUCACUUAUGGGAACAGAUGCUCAGUACUCCUCAUGAGUGGGUGGAAGAGACUCUUGUAUUACAAGCCAACAAGGGGGCUUUUUAUUGCUGACCUUUACAUUUGCACAUCAUGAUAAUUUGCAUUCUUUGCACCUAGUAUUUUUUUUAAAUAUCACUGAAUGCGUUGGGUAUUAAUACCAAAGUACAAGAUUGGCCAAGUUUCUAAUGAUCAUUGAAUUCUAGGCCAGAGAACAGAUGGACUGAUAUAAAGAAUCUGUAAAACAGGAAUGCUAAAAUAUAGAAGGCUGCUUCAGAGUUUGGGACAAACCCAACCAGUGGUUGCGAGUAGAUAAGCUAUUCUGCGCUCGGGGGGGAAUGUCAUAUGCACUCACUGGUUUAUACAGUAGCUGAAGACGUAGACCGCAAGCUACAGAUUGAGUCUCCCAUUUCCUGAAAUGCUUGGGACCAGAAGUAUUUUGGAUAUCGUAUUUUUCCAUACUUAGGAAUACUUGCAUACCAUAAUGAUAUAUAUUGAGGAUGAGACCCAAGUCAAAACACGAAAUGCAUUUAUAUUUCAUAUACUGUACACCUUAUAUACACAGCCUGAAAGUAAGUUUAAAUAAUUGGUUUAAUCAUUUUUUGCAUGAAAAGUUUGUGUACAUUGAACCAUCAGAAAGCAGAAGUGUCACUAUCUAGGUCACGCUGAAACAUUUUUGGAUAUCGGAUAUUCAGACACGGGAGUCUCAACGUGUACAACAAAGCUCGGCACAAUCUCUUGCAGCAGACUAGUAAAGCGUACAGGUCAUUCAUGUACUCUGCCUAGUGUAUGGUGAUUAUAAGCAGACAGCAUUUUGUAUAUAUAAUACUCUACUAACUCUGAAUACAAAAGUGGACAUUCUGCUUUGCAUUUUUCUUAUAGUUUGUACAGUAUCUUUGUGCAAGUUUUGUGUCUAAGUCUUUUUUUACAACUAGAUUAGAAUUUGGGUUAUUUGGAAUGUUCCACAAAUAUAUAGAAAUGUCUAUAGUAACAUAAUAGGCAACAAUCCGUACAGUACCUUAUCAAUCAGCUUUGCAUUCAGGGAGUCUUAUGAGGAGUGGUGGCUUCCUCCUUGCUAGUGUGACAAAUGUGGACAAUAUACAGCAGAAGGUGUUAAAGAGAAACCUGGAUCCAUUUACGUGCAGUACUAUUUAUAAUUAAACCAUUUUACAUUUUG